AUGCUCUCACGUGUUGCUGCAGUGAGGGCACCCCGCACACACAACCGUCGCCGCGUGACCGGAUCCAGCGGAAGGAGGAGGGAAGUAAGAGAGAGUGAGCCGCAGAGGCCCAACAUGUCCCGGCGUGUGUUUACUUCCGCGGUGCUGCUCCUCCUCGUCGUGAUGUUGUGCUGCGCCUGCGAAGCUGCACUCGCGGAGGAGAGUAAUCCAGUGACUGCUCCAAAGUAUGAAUGGAAGGACGUCAAGGAUGAGGAGGGUGUAACUGUGGAGUCGUUGGGUGUUCCCGGCCUUCUAAAAGUAGGGAGUGACGUGUUUGCCGUUGCCGAGGCGAAGGAAACGAAGGAGGGUCAAGGCAGCUUUACUGGCUUUGCAUCCCAACUUCUCACGGAAACAGUGGAAAAAAAGGAUAACACACCGGUGGAAAUAAUGAAUGAUGCCAACACGAGGACACAAUUUCUGGAGAAAAGCAAUUCUCCAAACAGGAAAGUGGAUGUGAGCCGACCAACAACCAUUGUGAAGGGAAAUGAUAUUUACAUGCUUGUUGGGAAAUACAACCGUAAUGAUGCUCAGGGGAGUAGUGGGGGUGACUCGGGGCUAUUGCUAAUGAAAGGGAACGUCAGUGAAGAACAUAACAAAAAAAUUGACUGGAAAAACACUGAAAGUCUCCCGCGAGGACCUUUUGGCACAGAACUCGAAUCCUUGACGGGACUGUUUGGCGGCGGUGGAUCGGGUGUUAAGAUGCAUGAUGAUACGCUUGUGUUCCCAGUGGAAGGCACGAAGAAGGGUGAAGCACAAAGCGAUGAAAAGGCCGUUUCGUUGCUCAUAUACACCUUGAAGGAUACUUCUGAGAGUUGGAAGCUGUCGAAGGGGAUGUCUGACGGUGGCUGCAGUGAUCCCUCCGUCGUGGAGUGGAAGGACGAAAAACUCAUGAUGAUGACUGCGUGUGUUGAUGGCCGCCGCAGGGUGUACGAGUCCGGUGACAAGGGGGAGUCGUGGACGGAGGCACUCGGGACACUCUCGCGCGUGUGGGUCAACAAACACGAAAAAAAUGUGAAGCGCGCUAGAAGCGGGUUCAUCACAGCGACGAUUGACGGUGAUGAAAAUAACAGAAAUGUGAUGCUCGUCACUCUGCCGGUGUAUUCCGAGAAGGAUGAGAGUAAAAAAGAAACGGGCGUACUCCAUCUUUGGCUGACGGACAAUACGCACAUUGUUGAUAUUGGGUCGGUAUCCGAUGAUGACGCGGCCGCCAGCUCCCUGUUGUACAAAAGUGCUGGAAGUGGAGCUCAAGAUAAGAAGGAGGAGUUGAUUGCACUGUACGAGAAGAAGAAGGAAGAUGGAAAACCAUCACCCGGUAUCGUCUCUGUGCUUCUGACUGCGCAGCUGCAGCGUGUGAAGGAUGUGCUGAGAACCUGGAAGAAAGUGGACGACCGUGUCUCCAAGCUGUGCCCUUCUGAGAGUGCUGCGAAGGGCCGUCCAAUUGACAAUGCCUGCAGCCCUACUGUUAAGAUCACGGAUGGGCUGGUUGGCUUUUUGUCCGGCAACUUCUCUAAUGACACAUGGAGGGACGAGUACCUCGGGGUGAACGCCACGGUAAGUAAUAAUGAAGGGGCUGCGAAGGCAAAAUUGCAUGAAGGCAGCGUGAAGUUCCAUGGAGCGUGGGCGGAGUGGCCCGUUGGCGAGCAGGGGGAGAAUCAGCUGUACCACUUUGCGAACUACAAAUUCACUCUUGUGGCGACGGUGUCCAUCCACGGUGUGCCGCAGGAGGGUUCUCCCAUUCCUUUGAUGGGUGUGCGUCUGAACGAUGAAAAAAAAACCAAACUUAUGGAGUUGUCAUACGACAGCGGAAAGAAGUGGCAGGUGCUGUCCGGUGACAAAACUUUUAAGGAGCACAGCAGCACUUGGGAGACAGAGAAAACACACCACGUGGUGCUUGUGCUACGGAACGGCAGCCAGGGCUCCGCGUAUGUCGAUGGUAAGCAAGUGGGUGGGGACGAAGUGUGUGCAUUGGAGAAUAUGGAUUCAAGAGCGGUCUCCCACUUCUACAUUGGAGGGGGCGGAGGCAGUGCAGUGAGCACAGGGAGACAAGAAGAAGAGAUGUCUGUGACUGUGACGAACGUCCUGCUGUACAACCGCCCCUUGAGCUCUGAAGAGAUUGGCGCCCUCAUCCCGAAUAAAGACUCCAUUCCACCUGUGGUGUCUGAAAAUGCCCAAGGAACCCUGUUGCAGUCCUCUUCUGCCGGGAAACCGCCGUCGGGGCCUGAAUUGUUGAAUGGAAAUGAGGAUGUGGGCGGUGGCAGCACGUCCACAUCAGCACCGUCCACUGUAACUACUUCCUUAGGAAAAGAGCAAUCCGAAAUUCAGCCGCCUUCAGUAAUAUCUUCCGGUGGAAGUAAACAUGUGGAUAUCGCUUCUUCAUCCGAUGGUGAUCCAACGGUGGGAGCGGAAGCUGGAGGUGCUGUGCAUGGAGACACACCACCCCAAACUCCUGUGGAUACUCCCGACACAGCAGAUGCAAACGCUCCUAACGCUACGGACGCAGCUCAAGUUGGCCCCGCAGCUACAACUGAGGUGGGUGCGAGCUCUGAUGCGAAUGAGGAGACGGCGGAAGGGAGGGAUGGGCAGGAGGAUAUCCAUGCACAGCACGGCGAAGUAAAUGCUGCGGCACUCAGCAGCAGUCUCGGAAAUGUGUCGCAGGUGAAUAACACCGAUGCCGGCACUGUGCGUGGGAGCGGACUGCUGCCGCUGCUUCUUCUUCUGUCGGGCCUGUGGGGGUUUGCGGCUCUGUGA